AUGCCUUCGAUGGUAUCUUUUUUUCUGGGGGCCAUCACGUCUGGAGUCGUAUUUGGUGCUCUGUACACAACUUACGGAUAUGCAAUUAAAAAGUUGCGGAGCAAAAAGGGUUCAAAUGAUGACGACGGCAGUUCAGACGUUGAAGAAACUUUUACAGAUAUCUUGAUGUUUCCCGACAUAAGCAUCGCCUGCAAGGAUAACUUUAUUUUGGACACUGGUUGUAUUCGCCCAAAGUGUCGCCAGUCGCAUGAGAAGACGUCCUUGAGUGAAAUAUACCGACAUUUAUGCAACGCCAAAUUGUCCAUCUGUGUCUGUGUCUUUCACAUUACUUAUUCCGACCUGGCUGAAGUCCUGAUUGCAAUGCACAAGAAAGGUGUGCAAGUUAAGGUUAUUACAGAUGAUGAAAACGUCAACGAAGAAUCGCAAGUCGCUAAGCUAAAAGACAAUGGUAUUGUUGUGCGCACUGACAAUUCCUCUUCAUUCAUGCAUCACAAGUUCACCGUCAUUGACCAUCAAAUUGUUAUCCACGGCGGAAGUCAAGGUAAUUACAGAUGCCGAAUUAGAAAACGUCAACAACUCACAUAUUUGGAAACUUCGAAGCUACGGGAUUCAAGUGCGCACAGACAAUUCACCUUAUUAUAUGCACCACAAGUUUGCUAUCAUUGA